AUGGCUCCCGAGGCCAUCACCGCUUUCAAGGCGACGACGACCGACGAUCGGUCGCCGAUCGUCGAUUGGUCGCCGACGGCGGUGGCGACGCAGGCGGCGGCGGCGACGCCGCCGCCGCCCGAGGAGCCCGGGCACCUCCGCGGCGUGCUGGCCGACCGGGGCGCCCGCGUGCCCGUCGACUUCGCGGCGGCGGCGGGCCCCGCGGCGGCGCUGCGAGGGGGCGCCCUGGUGCAGGUCCUCGGCGAGCUGCGGCGGCCGCCCCAGGGCGACCUGCUGCUGCGGGCGAGGAUUGUCCGCCCCGCCGACGGGCUGGACAUGGGCCUCUACGAGAGGUGCCUGCAGGUCCGGCGAGAGUUUGAGGCCUAUUACUGCCCCGCGGGGCUGCCCGCGACGAGAACAGGGUGA